AUGCAUGACCUUUUAGACAAGAAAUAUGUUCAUGCGGACAUUGCUGCAGACCCGUACGCCUUUUCUAAAACCGUCCUUUCACCCAUUGGUGGAGUCUACGCCGAGAUCGACCUGAUUAGAGACGGGCGAGCCCUCACGAUAUCAAAGAUCAUCGACAGCGUCUCAUGGACGACGGAAAAGAGACUCAGGGCGGAUAGUAAAUGGGGAGAAUGGCACGACUCGUGCCUCGAGUUGCAUUGUGUCCAGGACGCUGAUCGGCUAGAUGCCAUUGGUGCAUUCGGCAUCAUGCGCUGCGCAGCCUUCAGCUCAGUGAUGAACCGACCACUCUUUGUCCCUCCCGAAGAUGAAUCCGAUCGCGAAGCUGAAUCUGCAAUCGCCCACUUCCACGACAAACUGCUACAAAUCAAAGAUCGCCUGAAGACAGAGGCUGGUAAGAGGAUGGGCGAGGAGCGCCACGACUUCAUGCUAGACUUCCUAAAUGCUGUAGACAAAGAGUACUAUGCACCAGUCACUUAA